AUGGGGAAACCAAUAAUAUGUGAUGACUGUGGGAAGAGCUUCCGGCUGAGAUCAAACCUCAGACAGCAUCAAAGGAUUCACACUGGAGAGAAACCCUUUGGAUGUGCCGAGUGUGGGGAAAGUUUCCGGCAGCGCUCACAUCUUAUUCAGCAUAAGACAAAGCACACGGGGGAGAGACCCUAUGAAUGUACCGAGUGUGGGAAAAGCUUCAGUAUGAGUUCAAAACUCAUUCGGCAUCAGAUAAUCCACACAGGAGAAAAACCCUAUAAAUGUGGUGAGUGUGGCAAGAGCUUCAUUGGGAACUCACAGCUUAUCCUGCACCAGAGAGUCCACACGGGUGAGAGACCCUACGAAUGUGGUGACUGUGGGAAGAGCUUCAGUGUGAGCUCAGCUCUUACUCAACAUCAGAGAACGCACACUGGAGAGAAACCGUAUGAAUGUGCCGAGUGUGGGGAAAGCUUCCGGCAGCGCUCACACCUUAUUCAGCAUCAGAGAAUCCAUACGGGUGAGAGACCCUAUGAGUGUUCCAAGUGUAGGAAGAGCUUCAGUGUGAGCUCUGCCCUCAUUCAGCAUCAGAGAUUCCACACAGGGGAAAGACCUUAUGAAUGUGCUGAGUGUGGGAAAAGCUUCACAGUGAGCUCACACCUGAUUCAGCACCGGAGAGUCCACACAGGGGAAAAGCCCUACGAAUGUGCUAACUGUGGGAAAGGCUUCCUUUGGAGAUCAGCCCUUCUUCGACAUCAGAGAAUCCACACAGGACAGAAACCCUAUGAGUGUACCGAGUGUGGGGAAAGCUUCCGUCAGAGCGCACACCUUAUUCAGCAUCAGAGAAUCCACACUGGGGAGAGACCCUAUGAAUGUGCCGACUGUGGAAAGGGCUUCACUGUGAGCUCUGCCCUCAUUCGACAUCAGAGAAUCCACAUGGGAGGGAAACCCUAA